GUGUGUGUGUGUGUUUGAGUAACCAUGCUCUGUGUGGAUCUUUGUUGUUCAACCAUUUGAAUUUUUUUUUUGUUUCAAACCCAAAUUCUUUAUAUCAAUAUAUACCUGCAGGUUAAGAGUUUGCGCCAAGUUUCUUCACAGCACACCAAAUCAUUUCAAUCGAUCCUGUUUUUUUUCUUGUUAGUUUUUGUCAUCAUGUCAUCAUCAUGAAUGAAAUGUAUGCCAGUGUGCUAUUGCAUCAUGUCGAUUGACAUUUAAUUUUUUUCAAAUUUGAUUCAAUCUGUUUAGGAUUAAAAUUAUGUAAUCAAAUGAAAAUGGCUGAUUCUUCAUCAUCGACUACAGAUAAUCCCAAUAUCGAUUCGACAUUGGCCUUACGUCGUCAACGUCGGUCGACAUCAAAUCCAUUUUAUCAGCAACAACAAUCGUCAUCAUCAACGACAACUAGAAAAUCAUCAACCGUCGAUAAUGUAUCGAUAUCAAAAUCAAUGAUCAAAUCUGACAGUAAUAUCUCAAAAGAUUGUGAUGACGAUUUCAAGGACGAAACGGCCAUUCCUGAACAAUUACAACAGAAUUGCCGUUGGUCAUUGACCGAACCAUUAGAAGCAUGUGACAUUCAAGGAAAUUGGUAUCCUGCUAAGAUUGUUGAAAUUAAAAAUGAUAAAAUAAAGAUACAUUUUUUACGUUGGAAAAAACGGUAUGAUCAAUGGUUUCCUAUGGAUACGGAUUUGAUUCGUCCACGUAGUGAUCCAAAUGAUCCAAAUCGUCAAAUGGUACAAAAAGCGUUGAAAUUCGAAGUGAAUGAAGAAAUUUUAGCCCGUUGGACAGAUCAGAAAUUCUAUCCGGCACGAAUAACAACAUUCUAUAGUAAAGGACAAUAUUGUCAGGUGUUAUUCUAUGAUGGAUAUCGUAAAAAAGUUAAAGUUAGUUCAUUACAAAAAAUGCCUGAUGAUUAUGAUGGUGAACAGGUUCCACCACCUAUUCAACCGUUAAAACCAGCUUUUCCAACAUCUCCAACGAUACCAUUAAAUCUUGAAACACCGGAAUCGAUGCAGAAAAAUAAUUCAUUUGUUUGCGAUAUAUGUCAGAAAGGUUUUCGAAAGGAAAGUCUUUUACUUCAACAUAAAAAACAUUUUCAUAAGACCGAAUUGGAUGAUGUACCAUCAUUGGUUCCACCACAGCUACGGAUACACAAAACAAAUCGUCAUGAAAAACAAAAAUCACAUGAUUCUGGUGAUGAUGUUAAAAUGUCUAAAAUUAAAACUGAAACAGAUGUGGCAGAAGAUGGGACAGCAGCCAUAAACACAACCAACGAGUUGGUAGAUCGAGGAAAACGUAAAAAUGAAUCAACACCAUCACCACAAUCAAGUGAUUCUAUAAAUGUUAGUAAAAAAAUCAAACAAGAACAAGAUCAUGAUUCAGAAUCAGUGGAUUCACCGAAAACUGGUCAAACAUCCUCGAAAUCAUCAAUGAAAUCAUUGACCGUAAUCCUACCAGCAUGGUCAUCACGAAGAUCAACAAAACCGAAUACAACAUUGCUAUUUAAAGAUGCACGACUUGAAGCUGAGGAACAUGAAAAUGAUAAUAUUGAAGAAUUUGUCAAAUGUAUCUGUCCACUGGAUGAAGAAAGUGGUCUUAUGGUCCAAUGUGAGCUAUGUCUUGCGUGGCAGCAUGGAUCAUGUGCCGGUUUUCACAGUGAAAAUGAUGUUCCGCCCAGCGGUUAUUUUUGUCAAUUUUGUCGACAAGCACCGAAAAGUGUACGGACACAACAAAAUUCCUAUCAGCUAAAUCAUUGGCUUAAGAAUGGACAGCCACCACAAUUCACACCAGCUAUGUUUGUACCUAUCGAUGGUACAAUUGGGAUUAGAAAUGAUUCUGUUAAUAAAUUUAUGAAUCCAAUGAUGAAUUAUAUAAAUGGCCAACAACAACGGAAACAUGAAUCAUUAAAUCAAGAAUUAUCACAACGAAAAUCAUUCACAUUACAUGAUCUUACAUUACAAUCUACGACGACGUCAAUCACACAUAAUUUAACAAAUGAUUCCUCACCUACAGGUCAUUUGAUAUCCACAGGAAUAAAAAAAUCCGAAAUGAUGGACAAUGAAUUUUUCGGUUCGGAAAUGGGUAUUGUUCUUCAUCACCAUCAUAGGCCAAUGGAUUCAGAUCUGGAAGAUAAUGACGAUGAAGAAGAUCUACAACAUCUUCGUGCAACGAAUCAAUUAUCAUCGGCCCUGUAUGAUUGUAUGAUCAAUCUUCAUGCAUUGAAUUAUAAAAUUCAGCAACAACGAAAAAAAUUUAAUAAUGAUGAAAUAGUCGAAAUUGAACAGCAACAACGUCAAUUAUUAUCGAACAUGGAUCUAAUCCAACAGAAAUUGGAAAAAAUUGAAAAAGAUGUCGAACAAAAAGAUUCGUAUGCCAUCCAUACAUCAAGUUCAACAUUAUCUGCCACAUCGCCGGAAAAUUUUGGCAUCUCUUCUGAUGUUGUAAUGCCUAGUUUACUUCCACCUCCGCCACAAAUGACGACACCAAUUAAAUCAUCUAAUUUAUUUGGAAUGUCUAAUAGUAAUUCUGCUGGUGUUUGUGCUGAAUCGAAUGAUUCAUCCAUUCAAAAUCAGCCUACAUUGUCGGCAUUGAAUUCAUCAGAUGCCAUCAAUAAUUCUGAUAACGAUCAUGGUUUAAUGUUGAAAUCAUUAAAUGGUUCUGGUUCCAGUGGCGCUGGUGAUCUUUCUCAAUCACAAAAACAAUUAUCCAAUGAUCAAUCACCAUCACAGCCACCUUUAGCACGAUUAUUACUGUCAACGACUAAUACAACAGUAAAUACGGGAAAUUCAUCUUGUUCGUCAUCAUCACAUCCACAAAAUACAAGUCAUCAUCAUAGCCAUCCAUCGAUGACACAUGAUUUUCUGCCGGUUAAUCUAACCGAUGGUGAAAUGAAAUUAGAAUUAUCUUAUCAUUAUCGUGAUUUACAGAUUGCCCGUGAACUUGUUCUAUUAUGUAGUAGAUAAUCGAUAUCAUCAUAGCCGUCAUAAUUUUUGCACCAGAUUUUUUUUAUUUUCCAUCUACAAGUAUCGCCCAAACACCCAUUCAGACACUCGAUCAAUCGAUCAAAAAAAUUCAUUUAUACAUACAUAUUGUUUGAUUCUUCAUUUUUUUAUUUGAAUUAUUCC